AUUUUGCUUAGCCUAUAAUUUUAAAUGACAGAUGUCAUAUUUAUUCAUUUAUUUUUCUCUGCAACACUUUUCCUAACGUUACUGCGUUAACAAAAUGUUAAACGAAUUUAGUAUUUUGACAAGAGGAAUAAAAUAGCUAAUAGGCUAUUUUUGUAUAACCUACUUUUUUUUUCUCUGCAACACUUUUUCUUAUUGUGUUGUAAAUGUUAAACGAAUUGUAUCCUGACAAGACGGAUAAAAAUAAGAAAUAUUUUUUGUACAUGUUUAUUUUUUCUGUGAAACUUUUUUUCCCUACUGUCUUGGCAUCAAAAUAUUAAACGAAUUUUGUGUCUUAAAACAUUUUGCUCUCAAUAAAUUCAAGACUCUUAAGACGAAUAAAAUAACAAAUACAAUUUUGUGCAGACUACACUAUUAUUUGUUUAUCUCUCUCUUUUUUAGUAGCGGACAUUUAAUGUGAGAUUGUGGAAACCAGAUCUAAAUUUAGCGGGAACGGUCGGGUCGGGAAGAAAUGGUUCUAAGCGGACAGCGGGUGAACAAAGAGUUAAUAUCGCGGAACAGUCCCGGUCAGACCUCUUGCUCCAACCCUGAUCAAACACAACUGAAAUUAAUUAGACUAAUUAGAUCAGAGCACUUGAUAAUUACAGACAGGUGUGUUUGAUCAGGGUUGGAACUGAACUCUGCGAGGCUGAAAAACAAUAGACGAAGAGAAGUAGCAUCUAAUGUUUAUAAACAAAAUAGAAACAAGGAUUAUAAUUUUGGAUCAAGUGUUUUUUGCAGUGCGAUCAUACGGGCUAAAGAGUAUCUCCAAGGGAAAACACAGCAACCUCCGUCGUUCCUCAGUUCAGAUGACCCUGAAUGCCAUCUCUGAACUCGUUACGCCACACGUUCCAAACGACAGCUCUGAGAGAAUGAUGGAGAAACCUUCUCGCUGCACACGCCGCAAGCAAACCACUGCCCCGGCUGACACCAAACCUGUCAAGCGCAGCACCCGUAACAAAGGUGGCGCCAAAGCUAAGGAGGUGGAAGAAGUGUCUGAGAGCAUUCCAGAUGUGAAUGAAGCCAAUGAGGUGCAGGAUCAGAUCCUGGUGUCUGAAGCCGUGGUGAAAAUUCCCUCCUCGGAGCGUCUGAGAGCAGAUUCGCUGCUGAAGGCUGGUGUGUCUCCGGGCCGAUCUGCUAAUAAAAUCCCUAUUGCUGCAUCUGGUUCGCAGACUAAACUUCAGGGCUCAUCUCAGAAGUCAGCCCGGCGCUCGCUGGUGGUGCGUCGUUCCCUGGUGGGCCUCAGGCAUAGCGUGACCCAGGAAGCUGUUCGCAGGGCAUCCCGGCGCUCUUUCCUGAAGAAGAAAGCCAGACUAGGAAACUCGACCUGCGGCAGCUCUAUCAGCGUUCUGCAGCUGCUGGGAAAACACAGCAACCUCCGUCGUUCCUCAGUUCAGAUGACCCUGAACGCCAUCUCUGAACUCGUUACGCCACACGUUCCAAACGACAGCUCUGAGAGAAUGAUGGAGAAACCUUCUCGCUGCACACGCCGCAAGCAAACCACUGCCCCGGCUGACACCAAACCUGUCAAGCGCAGCACCCGUAACAAAGGUGGCGCCAAAGCUAAGGAGGUGGAAGAAGUGUCUGAGAGCAUUCCAGAUGUGAAUGAAGCCAAUGAGGUGCAGGAUCAGAUCCUGGUGUCUGAAGCCGUGGUGAAAAUUCCCUCCUCGGAGCGUCUGAGUGCAGAUUCGCUGCUGAAGGCUGGUGUGUCUCCGGGCCGAUCCGCUAAUAAAAUCCCUAUUGCUGCAUCUGGUUCGCAGACUAAACUUCAGGGCUCAUCUCAGAAGUCAGCCCGGCGCUCGCUGGUGGUGCGUCGUUCCCUGGUGGGCCUCAGGCAUAGCGUGACCCAGGAAGCUGUUCGCAGGGCAUCCCGGCGCUCUUUCCUGAAGAAGAAAGCCAGACUGGGAAACUCGACCUGCGGCAGCUCUAUCAGCGAUGACAUCUUUAUAGAUGUUGAAACUGAGGAAGAGGAAGAGGAGCGGCGACACCAGGAGCUGCUGGCCAAACGUAAGGCUGACGAGGAGCGAGAGAAGGCCCACAAACUGGCCAAAGCCGCUCGCGCUCUGGAGCUGAAGAAGGAACAAGAGCUGAAGAAAGAGGAGCGCAAACAAGAGCGGGAGCGAGAAAGACAGGCUGCAGCUGAGAAUUUGGUAGAAAGACUAGAGAAAGAGAAGGCUAUUGCUCUUCAGAAGGAACUGGAGAGAGCAGCCAGAGAGAAAGAGAACAUGAGGAAGAUGAGCUCUGUUUUAGAUUCUCCAGUUGGGGAAGGAGCUGUGCACAAUAAGACCAUAGAUCACGGACCUGGACUCAACGUGACUGUGGACAUUGAGGUGAGAACUGUUUUCGAUUCUCCAAUUGGGGAAGGAGCUGGACUCAACGUGACUGUGGACAUUGAGCAAUCUCCACAGUCAUACCAGAUCACCCCAAAAGGCCAGAAAGUGAAUCCUAAAGAUUUUGGCAUGGACCAGAACAGCGAUUACUCAACAGAUGAUGAAUCUGCACCCGUAAAAGCCAUCCCAUCCUGGGCUGAGGGUAUGCAGGUGAAGCAAGCUAUUACGGAGCAAUAUCACAAUCCACUGGAUCUCGAUUCAUAUUUCGGAGAGCCUGAACCUCCCAAACUGGAGGAGAUCUUCAGGUGGACCAAAUCUUGCUUUUUUAAAUGCACUAGCUCUGCCAUCUGGCAUUCUUCACCAUGUUCGGGAAAUUUGGGCAAUUAAUCAGCAGAUGUACUUUUUUUCCUAUUUUUGUUCUGUCGUCUUUUUAUGUUGUUGUCUUCUAUACUUUGAGCUUACAUUUAUAUGUAAGUAGGUUAGACUGGGGAAAAAGAGUAG